AUGGAAGAAGUGCCAGGCAUUCCUGGUCAUAUUCCUCCUCUGGCAGCCUAUCCCGCCGCGAGCGUCAGACACAGUCUCCCGCCCGCCGAAUGGGAUGCCUGUCUCGAUUCAUGGCUGGUCAGCAUCGAAGUCCGGCUGCGUCUGCAAGACAGUUACUUCUCUCAAUUCAAGCUGUCGCAGAAUGCAAGUGGUACACCGUUUUUGGUCUCGCUUCUCACUUCAACUCGGGAAGAAGGGCCGGCUGCAUCGAAGCCCCAGAAGGAACGGUUGCUCAUGAAGCGGGCGUACAUGCUCUUACGGAGACUGCUGCUGGUCACCAAAGUGCCCCUUGAUUAUGACCAUGCGGAGCUGCUUGAACUGUUGUGUCUGGCUAGUCUUCACUAUGCCUCGGUCGCGGAUUGGAGGACGACAGUCAAGACGCUCUGGAAGAGGGAUCACGCACAAAUGGCGAGUGCAGUCGAGAGCUGGAAGAAGACGGUCAUUUCGCGCCUCUCUUCACAGCCGGCGUCUGAAUGGCUGUUGGACCAGUAUCGUCGACUGAAUGCUUAUGUCAAGGUCUCGCCUGAUGCGGGACUCGCCUUGAUGACUGGCUCGGAUUACCUCGAGUCUCUGAUGGAGGCAUACAGUUCUACCAGCUUACAGUCGACAGCGGACAGCGCCGACAGUCAAAAGUUGCUGACGGAACAUCUCUUCUACUGUUUACGGAGUCUGAUGUCUGAUGGCCUGCCUCAUGGUUCACUCCUCCUCGACCAUCUCUACUAUAUCAAGUCCGAGGCUGACAGAGCGACAAAGUCAAACUCCACGCAGCCUACCUUAUGCUCUAGUUUGGUCUGCACGACAUCUUUCUUGAGGCACCUUGCCGCGGAUGAUACGGUGAACUCAGGAAAACGGGGUCAAUCCUUGAUCGAAGCUCUUACUACCUAUCGCCAGAACACGGCACAAUUACAUCCGCUUGUUGGUCCACGGAAACGAAAGGUCGCCAAAGGCAAAGGAAAGGCCGAUGUUCAGGCAGAGAUACACGUGCACCGGGCUUCCCAAAUUUCCCAAGUCCACGAUCUGUUUCCGGACUUUUCGAGCAAUUAUAUCCACAGACUGCUAGAUCAUUUUGGCGAUGAUGUCGAAGCUGUGAUCGCGGCUCUACUUGAGCCUGAAACCCUCCCGCCUCAUCUACGCGACCCAGGCCCAUCAGACGAGCCUUUGCCUGAUAUUGAUGGACCUCACCAUGACCUCGCGCCACGUUCGACACCUCCUAUGCUUCCUCAGAGGAAAAGCGUAUUCGACGGCGACGACUUUGACAACCUCCGGAUUUCAUCAGGUCGUCUGCACAAAGGUCGAAAAGACCUCACGAUCGACAAAGAUGGGACGCCCGACGAGUCUGCUCGACGGAAAGCAGCAAUCAUGGCCGCUUUGGCCGCUUUUGAUUCAGACGAUGACGAGAGAGACGACACUUACGAUGUGGCUGAUGUUGGCGGCACUGUAGACUCCACCAUUGACACGGAUAGUCGACCACGGCCAGAGACCGGCCCUGCACAGAAUCCAUACGAAGAAACACUCUAUCGGGCCUGGAAGGACAACGAAGAACUCUUUGCCCGCGAUAGCAAGACCCGGAUAUCCAGAGUGCGACAGGACCUCAAACGCGAGACUGGAAUGAGCGAUGAACAGAUCGAAGGCUGGGCGAUCAUGUUGAAGAAAGACCCGAAACGGCAAGACCAGCUGGAGAAGAAGUUUUCUGCAUCCCAUGCGUACAGAGGCAAUCAGGCUGCUCUUGGUGCUACAAGAUGGCAGGCCGGCACCCCUGAAGAAAGCGAGGAAGGCGAGGAUCGACCGGCAAGUCGUGCUGGGCAGGGUCGAGGCCGGGGAAACCACUCAUCAGGCCGUGGUCGAGGAGGUAGUGCUGCUGGACCUAGUGGUGAUGCUGCUACUCAGGCAGCACGAAAGCGAAAGGAACAAGGUAGAGGACGGGGCGGAGCGAAUCAUAACAGGCGGGAGGGUCGAGCCCGUAAGAUGGGCAGAGGCAUGACGGGGCCUGCAGGAUGA